UGGGCGGCCGCCGGGCUCCGGGCGCCGCCGCGUCCAGACCUCCCGGCCGGCGGCCUGCGGGGGCGGCGCAGUUGCGAAACUGAGUGCCUGUGUAGAUCGUCCUAGAAUACCUGUGCCGGUGCUCUGUCCUUCGAGACUACCUCAUGCUCAACUCUGGCUUGGAGACUCCAGCGUGGUAAGCUGACCACACAGACUCUGCCUUCCCCAUCCGUGUUCCUGUAGCCUGAGACAUGACCUGACACCCUGAUGACCACUCUCAGGGCCCUUGCGUGACUGGCCGGUGCACCAUGGAACUUAAAGUAUGGGUGGAUGGAGUUCAGAGGAUUGUUUGUGGGGUCACCGAAGUCACUACUUGCCAGGAGGUUGUAAUAGCCUUAGCUCAAGCGAUAGGUCGAACUGGAAGGUACACCCUUAUAGAAAAAUGGAGAGAUACUGAAAGACAUUUAGCACCUCAUGAAAAUCCUAUCAUAUCCUUAAACAAAUGGGGUCAGUAUGCCAGCGACGUACAGCUAAUCCUGCGCCGGACAGGGCCGUCCCUUGGCGAGCGGCCCACCUCGGACAGCGUGGCUCGCAUUCCCGAAAGAACUUUGUACAGGCAGAGCCUGCCCCCCUUAGCUAAACUGAGGCCUCAGAUUGACAAAUCAAUCAAAAGGAGAGAACCCAAAAGGAAAUCGCUAACCUUUACAGGAGGUGCCAAAGGAUUAAUGGACAUUUUCGGAAAAGGUAAAGAAACCGAGUUUAAGCAAAAGGUGCUGAACAACUGCAGAACGACAGCGGAUGAAUUGAAGAAGCUGGUCCAUUUGCAGACAGAGAAGCUUCAGUCCAUCGAGAAGCAGCUGGAAUCUAAUGAAAUAGAAAUACGAUUUUGGGAGCAGAAAUAUAAUUCCAACCUCGAAGAGGAAAUUGUUCGCCUGGAGCAAAAGAUCAAAAAAAAUGACGUAGAAAUUGAGGAGGAGGAAUUUUGGGAAAAUGAAUUGCAGAUUGAACAGGAGAAUGAAAAGCAGCUGAAGGAUCAACUUCAAGAAAUAAGACAGAAAAUAACAGAGUGUGAAAGCAAAUUAAAGGACUAUUUGGCCCAGAUCCAGACCAUGGAAAGUGGUCUUGAAGCAGAAAAACUGCAGCGGGAGGUUCAGGAGGCACAAGUCAAUGAGGAAGAGGUUAAAGGAAAGAUCGGGAAGGUCAAAGGGGAGAUCGACAUCCAAGGUCAGCAGAGUCUGAGGUUGGAAAAUGGCAUCAAAGCUGUGGAAAGAUCUCUUGGACAAGCCACCAAACGAUUACAGGACAAAGAACAAGAACUGGAGCAGUUGACUAAAGAGCUGCGGCAAGUCAAUCUCCAGCAAUUCAUCCAGCAAACGGGGACAAAAGUCACUGUUUUGCCAGCAGAGCCCACUGAAAUAGAGGCCUCACACGCAGAUAUACAAAGGGAGGUGCCAUUCCAGUCCGGGUCCCUGAAGCGACCUGGUUCAUCUCGGCAGCUCCCCAGUAAUCUUCGCAUUCUACAGAAUCCUAUCUCAUCUGGUUUUAACCCCGAAGGCAUAUAUGUAUAACACUGUCGGUCUUUGCGGGGGGGGGAGACCCAAUAAAGGUACCAAGGACAGUAGAAUUCUCCCUUUGAUUUGUGCCAAUGAUGAACAGAGGGUGUAUUUCACAAGCCGCCGUGUCUUUUUUUUUCUCUCCUAAAUCGCAUCCCACUUGGAGCCAUACCCUGUGCACUGAUGCUAAAGAACAAAGAAACUGUGUUCUCACACGUCAACAGUGUUGAUAUCUUUGUCCAGCAGCUGUAAUGCAAAGCCUUCAUUUUUAUUUGUAGCAUUUUGUGAGCAUUAGCCAAGUGUCAUCUUGUGUGUAUUACAUAAGUAAACCGUGACUUAAGAGUGAAGAAACAUUUGUGACUGGCCUUAGUUUAAUUUAUUUCGUGUGAUCAAUUCAUGUGUGAAUGUUGAUGUUUUAAUCUUUUUCAUUAAUACUUAUCCUGUGACUUAAUUUCGUUACAUGCUGUGUGAUGACUCCGUGUGCAUGUUGCCAGACUCCAUCCGCGCAUUGCUAAUUUACAACUACACGAGCCUCGUGGGGUGUUCCGCCAUCGAAACCAACUCCAGAAGAACCCACUUGAAUUUAUUUUCUGAAACUGUCCAUUAGCCAUUGCUUAAUUAGGUGAAAUAAUUUUGAGGGUUUUUUGUGUGUGUAAAUCUAGAAUUUAGUCAUUCCUUUACAAUAUUCCCAAGUAUAUGAUAUUUUUCAUGAGGCAAAUUGUAUGUGUAAAAGGUUUGCAGUGUUUUCAGAUACUGUUGGAACAAAAAUGGAAUCGUUGAUAUCUAUCCAGACAGGCAUGGGGUUUCCUGAUACAUUAUAUGUUUCGUUUCUGCCCUGCCCUGUCAUUUCCUCUCACAGGUCCUUAGAAUUGACAUAAUACGUAAGUUAUAGAGGACCAGAUUGUUCUACUUGCAGAAUGUCGUUUUAAGUGCUGUAUUUUUAAAUACCACUUCAUAUGUAUGACCUAUUGAUAUACAUACCCAUGGGUAAGUUAUUGCUUGCACAUAAUUUACCAUUGGGAUUUCUCUAGACACUUAGAGGGAAAGUCGAUUGGAGUUAGGUACUUUUCACCAAGGGAAUAAAAUCAAAUUCAGUAUAUGUUUUUACUUUUAAGCUUGACUGUUAUAAGACAUUAAUCUGCAUUUGUACAUGUUGUUUUACUUAUAAAACCAAAAAUGAGUCAAUGCCUCUCCUAUGAGUAGUGACUUAACUGAGAUUUAUAAGAAUAUUUAGACAGAGGCAGUCAGAUACCACU